AUGAAGGACGAAAAAAGAAAAGACGCAAAGAAUUCGAUAUUGCAGAUAUACAACAUCUGGCCAAACUUUAAGGCCUGGUGUGCUGCCGGUGAUCCACCUCCAAAAACUCAAGUCAAAUCCCUUUAUUUAAUGGUAUUCUUAUUAAUCUUCGGCUUUUCCACCGGAACAGUAUGGUUCCUUUCAGCAUUUGACAUCAAAUUCGUAGGACAAAUAGAACAUUUAUGGAUUUUAUUCCUACUUUCUUUCUUGACACUUACACCAGGUUUAUAUGCACUUUUCAUUUCCUACCACUGCUGGAGACGCCACAGAGGCUAUGAUUGGUGGAUUAUUCCACAUUUCGAGUGA